CUCCUCUCCUCCGUCCCUCUGAAAGCUCAGAGCCAUAUUUCAUACUUGGAGAACGAGAUAUAUGACUAAAUCACCAAUAUACCUUACAUAUAUAUAACGACCAAGAUGCAGUAUUCCCUCCUCGCGCUCGCAGCAGCAGUCGUCACCAAAGCUGCCCUCUACGAUACUUCUACAGCGAAUCACUCAUGUGUCCUCGAGCCCGCAUACCGCUCCUGCUCAGCCAAAGCCAAUCCCAGCAGCGUUGAUACGUGCUGUGUCGAGACAUUUGGCGGUCUUCUUCUCGCUACGCAGUUUUGGAAUGUAUGGGCAGACAAGCCACUACCGAAGAAUAGCUGGACUUUGCACGGUCUAUGGCCGGACUUUUGCAAUGGAUCCUACACACAAUACUGCGACCUAUCACGCCAAUACGACCCCAUCCCCUCCCCCAACACCACCACCGGUCUCCCCAACGGCACCUCCGUCCCCGCCUACACGGGCCCACCCAUCUCAACAUUUGUAACCGCCCUGCAAAAAUUCUCCUUACUAGACUACAUGUCAACUUUCUGGCCCAGCCAAUCCGGCCCCAGCAAUGAUCUCUGGGCCCACGAAUUUUCCAAACACGCAACGUGUUUUAGUACCUUUGACACUCCCUGCUACGGACCUGAUGAUAACAAAGGAAUUCAUUCCGACGUAGUAGAUUUCUUCGAAACUACAAUUUACUAUUACAAAAAAUUCCCCACGUGGGAAUUUCUCGCUCGGAAUGCCAUUUAUCCUUCAAAUACGACAGGAUAUAGUAAAGAAGAAAUUGAAAAUGCGCUGGCCGAGGAAACGGGUGCGAUUCCUUAUGUUGGGUGUUCUGGGCCGAGAUAUAAUGAGACGGAGCAAGGCAGGAAAGAAAAUGCGACGGAUGCGGGGAGGACGGUGUUGAGUGAGGUGUGGUAUUAUAUGCAUGUGGAGGGGAGACCGCAGGAUGGGAGGUUUGUGUCGGUAGAUCAGACGGGGAAGAGUGCGUGUACGAAUGUGACGGGCGCCGUGUGGUAUUAUGAGCAGAUGGAGGAGGAGGGGGGACGGGAGGAGUUGUGAAGGAGGAGGAGGAGGAGAAGGCUCACAGGACAUGGGUGGGAGAUGGAAAAAAAGGUAUGUAUAUAAUUGUGUAUAUAUACACAUUGUACAGGAAUUAGCG